AGCACGGUGGCUGCUAAGCUUAUUAUUGAUCAUGCUGUCCCGCUCAUGCUGCGUCCAGAACGUGAGAGCUGCACGAGCUUCAAGUGCUGCAUCCGACCACCACUACUUCCGUCCAUCGGGAGCCGACGUUUCCGGCUUUCCUCCUCCAAAUUCCGCAAUAAAUCAUCGCAGUCCGUGUCCAGCUCUAAAUUCCCUAGCAAACCAUGGAUAUCUGCCCCGUGACGGCAAGAAUCUGACCCCACAGCUGAUACGCGAUGCCGUUAUGGACGUCUUCAAUGUGGAUGAGGGACUGGCUGAGCGCCUCACACGUCCGCUGCCGUCUGAAUUGACACUCGCGGACUUGAGUGUCCACGGGUUCAUCGAGCACGACGCGUCGCUGGUACACGACGACACCUACUUAAAGCGAGACCCAGCGCAGAUAAACGGCACGCUGGCUGAGAAGCUGCUUGCUAAAAGUAAGGAUGGCAAGCUGGAUAAACACUCUAUGGCGACGGUGAGAAAAGAGAGGGAGGCGCAAUGCAAGCAGGAGAACCCCGAGUACGCCUUCCCCUUGAAAGCACAAGCGACGGCGUACGGAGAGUCUGCUUUGCUGCUGAUUGGAAUGGGAGACUACGAAUCGAAAUCCAUUUCCAUGGACCAUGCCAAGUCGUUUUUAGUGGACGAGAAGAUCCCGGACAAUUUCCAACGCAGUGAUAAGCCAAUUAGUACUGCGGCAGCGCUUUACCUGGCGGCGCAGAUUAAGUUGAUCGCGUCGUUGGGAUGGGGUGCUGCGGUGGAGUAAAAAAUAAAUACCGGUAUGCAUAUAAAACCAGUAACGCAACAUAAC